AUGCCGCCUGCCAUGCCGCCGCGGCUGCUGGUGUCUAUGCUAGCCAUCAUCAUCACUAUGUUUCAUUCUUCAUCCCUCCAAAAAAAAUUACUUCAAAACAGAACAACCAAAACACGAAAAGUAGAAGAAGAGAAAACUUCAAAGAUCGGACUCAGACCCCGAAGUGGGGCGAGUUCGCUCAAAAACUCGAAUGGAUCAUCAGUGCUUGGAGUAUCUUCGGACCUCCGGCCGACGAGCUGCGUCGAGCCAUCGUGGCCACUGGCUUGGACGAUAAGGCCAAUGACCACCAAUCCCGUUAGGUUUCCUUAUCUUCCACGAUCGUCGGGUAACGGAAAUGGCUUAGGGUUUCUGGCACUCACGCGGUUAUGUAACGGCUCGGCCUUCAGUUUGUUACGGCUCGGCCUCCUAUUUAGUGAAGGCGUCUCCUAG